AAGACCGCUCAUAUUGACAUCCCCAGCAGAAAAACAACAGAAGCGUUGGUGUAGAGUUGCAGUUCCAGAACGCUGGUCAAAGUCUUAAGUCAGUUUUUUUGCAGAAGGAAAAAUGAAGCUCUUGAUUGUGUUCGCCCUGGUAGCCGUGGUGGCCGUGACUGCCGAUACCAAAAUUCUCAAGUACGAAAAUGUCGCCGACGGCGAGGGAACCUACAAAUUCGAAUAUGAAACCGACGAUGGUACGAGUCGCGUCGAGCAGGGAGACCAGAAGGGUGAAGAUCUGACCGUGCAGGGCAAUUUCAAGUUCGUUGGUGACGAUGGACAGGAGUACAAGGUCAAGUAUGUUGCUGACGGAGAGGGUGGAUUCCGCGCUGAGGGCGCCCACGUUCCGAACGAGUAUGUUGAUAAGCUGUCGACUCUGUAGGUUAAAGAAAUAAACUAUGCGACUGAAAUUUACCGGUUUUGGUUUGGC